UCGGUCUCAGUCGUCGACAGCUAGCUUAUAAGACCCUUCAUUUUUGUUUUAUUUCAAGGGAAGGAAGGAUCACGUGAAUGCAUCGUGGACAGCUUCUCCUUUCGCAGGAGCAGCAUGUGAAAUGCGAUACCUCUUGCCGACGCGCUCUUUUUUCUUCUUCUUUUGGUAUGAUAACACAACCGCGAAACACCCGUCUGGCUUUUUUCCAAACGCUCUUUGGGAACACCAACCACACACACACAAAAAAGAAACCGUUAUCGCCCUCGCAAGAUGAAUUUUCGACUGGUGGUAUACGCUGUCUGCCACGUACGAGCUUCCAGCAGUGAGUGUGCCACGUAAGAGCCAAGUGAUAUUUACUCCGUAUCUCGUCGGAUGACCAUUGCUGAGCCAAAGGCGUACGGCAGUUACUGCAGCUGGACAUCGGUGGACGUAGAUGUUAUGGUCAAUCUGAGUCACGGUAGUGCAUUUUCCCUGUUUCAGUGUUGGUUUUGUAAAUUCUGUUGUAGCUACGAAAACGAACAGGGAAACAGCACUCAGAAAGGACAAGGUGUAGCAGAACAUCUCCGGACAUCUAUUUACCAUGACGACCUACAGUAAAAUGAGACAAUUCGUCAUGGAUUUCAAUAUUUAUUGGUAUGAGGACGGCGACAUUUUCCUUGGAGUUGAUGAUCCUGGGUAACGUCCCGCAUGCCGCACACAUCAUCACCCGAUUGGGACCAGGAAUCGCCAGCGUUUGGCUGGCUGUUCGACAUCGGACCAGUGAUCGCCAGUCAUUUCGUCGUCGGGUGGUGGCAGGUAGUUCUCCGGAACCCAGUCCUUCUACGACUUCCAGAAGGUUGCAACAGUCGGUCCAACGUGUCCGAAGGAUCAUCGUCGUCAUCAUUGCAUCAGUGUACAAGUGGCCAAGAGGUGAGGAGAUAGCAAGGGCCCAACACCAGUUUUAUCAGCUGGCCAGUUUUCCUGGGGUUGUGGGAGCAGUGGACGGCACCCAUGUUCGCAUCCAGGCAUCGUCAGCACACGAGACAGCUUUCGUCAACCGCAAGAACUACCACUCCAUAAAUGUUCAGCUCAUUGCGGGUGCUGACUGUAAGAUCUUGGACGUGGUUGCGAACUGGCCCGGUGCCACCCAUGACUCUAGGAUACUGCGUGAAAGCACCAUUGGGAGGGAGCUGGAAGCUGGAGUCCACACUGGGCUUCUUCUUGGUGACAGCGGGUACCCCUGCAAACGCUGGCUGAUGACACCGUUUCUCCAGCCCCGAAACAGAGCACAAAAGCAGUACAAUGCUUCACACUCGACAACACGGGCUUUGGUAGAGCGGACAAUCGGUCAGCUGAAAAGGAGGUUCCACUGCCUUCACAGUGAGCUGCGAGUGCUAACAAAGCAUACCUGUCCUAUCAUCGUGGCAUGCUGUGUCCUUCACAACAUAGCCAAAGAUUUCGGCAGUGAAGUGCAGGAGGCAGACAGCGACAAUGAUCACGACCCCGAUUACGACCCCCAGCUGGUGUCCAGUUAUGAAGGACGUCAGGAUGGCUUCAUGUACAGAGAUGCCAUCGUACGUCAGCAUUUCACAUGAGCAGUCCCUCCUGGCUCGCUGGGAACGCGCAUUCGUACUGCUUCGUGCCGGCUGCUCCUCUGCACCGUUCCCAGCACCGGCAAACGGCUGUGAAGAGGCACUACCCCUUGUGCCACCCACCUCGCAAGUCACGACAAAGUUAUCAUCUUCACGCAGCCCAACUACAGGCACAACAUCCUGGACCACAGUACCAUAAUCGUGGUCAUCACUGGUGGACGGCCCUGGCAGACUUGCAAUGACGUCCUCGAUAAUGGCAGCGCUGUUGUAGAAAGCAAAAAAACACGGAUGAGUUGGUUUAGUGAAAUGUACAGCGAUUUCCUUCAUUGUUCCUUAGCACUCUGUUUAUAAGUUGUAUGUUUGACUUUACAAGAGACCCAGUUUUGUGUGUUUUGUGCGUGCAUAUAUGUGCUUCCUCAUUCCACGUUUUGUUCGGGUUUUGUUUUGAGCAGUUUGCUUCAACUGUGGUUCAUUUCUUAUGUCACAAAGGACAGUGUGCAAUGUUUAAUAUGCAUAGUUAUGUUUGGAUUGUUAUAAUAUUUUUGGGUUGCCCCAACAUUUUGCUCUUCAUAUUAGUUAAUUGCUGUAUUGUUGUUUGUUGUUGUGUCUAUAUGUCUUGUAGAUAGUUUAUUGAAUACACCACAGGUGCUCUUCUUGUAGCACAACGUGCUCAAUGGGGUUGUAGCACUUCGUAAACAAUAGCAUUGUAUGUCUACCUGUGUGUCUGCCUGCCUGUAGAAUGUUAUUGUUUGCAUCAGUGUGAGGGUGCAUUUCAAGUUCCACAGCAAGGGAUGUGACACCAAGUGGCGUGUAUUAUGAAACGACCCCUUCGAAUAACCAUUUUACAGAUAACAUAUAAUGAUUCCCUUAUCCCCCACUUCCAAUGUGCUACACAUUGUACAUGCAGUAUGGAGUGCCUCAUUGUACAUUAGUAAGCCAAUCAGGUGCUGUCCUGACCUAUGAAAAAUCUUUUAUCCCAACAUGUCGUGCUCUUUUGCACCAGCUCCACCUUGUCAGUAGUGUUUCUGUUCCCCUAGACUACAUAUUACAGUCGAACGCAAUGUGAGACGUGCCUUGUUGGAAAUUUUUCACGUGGCAGCCUUAUUAGUUACAUAAUACCUGUAUUACUUACCCACGGGUGUCCAUACCUCCUUCAACCCCAGUGAUACUGGGGGAAUCUUCACCAAUAAUGUCGAUCACAGCCUGUGUGAUUGCAGAGGGCUGCGAGACAUUGCCUCCUCGACCUGUAAUCAGAAGCCCAGAACGUUGUAGCACAAAAACAAAUGUGAACACAUGUGCUCAGCAGUGUGCCUUUGUAAGUGUAAAGCUAUAUGUAGUGUACCUUAUGUUGUGGGAUGUUAUUGACAUGUCAAAUGACUCUAAAUAUGUUUUGGCAUGAAUAUAUUGUAAAGCUGUCACCAAAGCACUUGAGUGCGAAACAAAAGGAUGCUCCAAGGAAGCCAGCAAAUCGGGUUCCAUUCUCAUUGCUUUUCUUCCAUUCUCAUCAUUCAAUUGUACGUACGCCACUGUGGGAUGUGUGGCUUCUGCUGUGUUAUGCGAAGUUCUUGAUGCAUUUCAUAACGUCAGUGGUGGAGGUCAUGCUCCUCGUACAUGUUCACUAUGAUGUAGUACCCUGUGUAUGUCUUUAUUUCACUUCCAUUGUAAAUGAGGAACACGUA